AUGGCUUGCGAAGCUUGUAACGCAAAAUUCAGCUUCUUCACACGCAAGGUAACAAUCGUUGCAUUAUUCGUAAUUUUUUAUUUUUUGACUUCAUUGUCUCUGACAAUGCUUGAGAAUAAACACUUUGUUCAUUUAUCAUACUAUGCAAAUUCUUUUAGAAACAAUGCGUCGAUUGUUUAAGACAUUUUUGUUCCGAAUGUGUGAUCAAGCGAUUAGACAAGAUAUUGAACUGUGACACUUGCAACAUGUUAUCUCGAAGACCUUUAACACGAAGUUUAAUUGCACAAAUGCGUUCCAAAGAUAUACGGCAAUAUCUGUUAGCAAAGAAAAUAUCCAUCGACGGAUGUAUCGUGAUUAUUCUCCUUCUAAUCAGUCAGCUACAAAUUACGAACAAAGUGCGCAAAUUUUAAAUCGCGUGCGAGAAAUUAAUACUACAAGAGUUGGCAGUGACGAUGAAAUUCCAGAGACAGUUUCUACAAUUGAUCUUUGUUCGGAUGAAAGAGCAGAUCCUAUACGUUCGGAUGAAAAGAUGAUUUCAAAUAUUUCUAAUAUUCAACAUUCCGAUAUACUUGUAGAAACUUCUACGAAUCCUGUAAAAUUAUCCGAUAUAAAUGCAUUAUCGGAACUGGAACGUUUAAGCGUGAAACAACUGAAGAAUUUGCUAAGUACGAAUCGAGUCGAUUACAAAGGUUGCUUGGAAAGAUAUGAAUUAUUGAACAGAGCUUCCAGAUUAUGGGAAGAAUACGUACAGUCAAGAAGAACAAAAAUGGAAAAUCUGGACGAAAAUCUUUGCAAAAUUUGCUGGGACGAACCAAUUGAAUGUGUGAUUUUGGAAUGUGGCCAUAUGGCUUGUUGUUUGAAUUGUGGUAAACAAAUGUCGGAAUGUCCAAUGUGCAAACAGUACGUAGUGCGGGUAGUGCGACUUUUUAAAUCAUAA